AUGGCUUACGUGGUGCCGAUUCACCGCGCCAGUGGCAUUCGCCAUGCCGUGAAACUGAACUUUAUGAAUGCAGAAGAGGACUGCCUGGUUGUCGCAAAAGCAAAUCGCCUCGAGUUCUACACCCUCACACCCGAUGGAAUGACCCUCGCUGCCACUCGUGCGAUCUUCGCGCAGGUGACCAUGCUUGCCCGCCUUCCGGCCCCAGCCAACUCACUGACUGAUCACCUUUUCGUGGGAACCGACCAGUACAAUUACUUCACGCUAUCGUGGAACGCCGAGAAAAAUAAUAUCCAGACUGCGCGCGCCUAUCAGGAUAUCUCAGAUCCGGCAUCCCGGGAGGCUCAAACGGAGCCGCGAUGUCUCAUUGAUCCCAGCGGGCGGUUCAUGACGCUGGAAAUCUAUGAGGGAAUUAUCGUCGUUAUUCCGAUUAUCGAGGCGAGUAAAAGGAGAGGAAGGAUCUCGCAUGCCGCUGCGCAAGUUGAUGCCCCGCAGGUCGGAGAACUGGGUGACCCGACUGCUUCGCGGAUUGAUGAGCUAUUCGUUCGAUCGUCGGCAUUCUUGCAUUCCGCGUCAAAUACACCGUGGCUGGCGCUUUUGUAUGAAGAUAAUCAGAAGAAGGUCCGGCUGCGUAUCCGAGAGCUGGAGUAUACUCGGGCUACUUCGAGUGCCUCGGCGGAUGCUACGUUCAAGGAGGUGCAGGAGAAGAAGUUAGACGGUGGAGUCUUCGCACAUGAGCUCGAUGUGGGCUCUUCACAUUUGAUUCCCAUCCCAGCGCCUUUGGGGGGUCUCAUUGUUUUGGGAGAGACGUCAAUCAAGUACAUUGACGAUAAUGCAAAUGACAUGAUUUCGCGUGAUCUCGAGGAAGCAACCGUCUUCGUGGCGUGGGAGAAAGUCGACAGUCAACGAUGGCUACUAGCUGAUGACUAUGGACGACUAUUCUUCCUCAUGUUCCAUCUGAAUGACGACGGUAAUGUCGAAGACUGGAAGCUCGACUACCUGGGCAGUACAUCGCGCGCCACGGUGCUUGUCUAUCUUGGUGGAGGUGUCCUUUUUGUUGGCUCGCACCAAGGUGACUCGCAGGUUCUCCGCAUCAACAACGGUGGCUUUGAGAUCAUUCAGACAUUGUCCAACAUUGCUCCUGUUCUGGACUUCACUUUGAUGGAUCUGGGUAACCGCGACAGUGAGAGCCAUACACACGAAUUCUCGACUGGGCAAGCUCGCAUUGUGACCGGUUCAGGUGCGUUCGACGAUGGUACCUUGCGGAGUGUGCGAAGCGGUGUCGGUAUGGAAGAGCUGGGUGUAUUGGGCGAGAUGGAACACAUCACAGAUCUCUGGGGUCUACAGACUCAAAGUAUAGGCGACUGCCUUGAUACACUCCUCGUGACAUUUGUUGACGAGACGCGCAUUUUCCGCUUCAGCGCUGAUGGAGAAGUUGAGGAGCUGGAGAAUUUCCUCGGACUUGCCCUAACCGAAAGCACUCUUCUGGCCAUGAAUCUUCCGGGUGGUCGAAUCUUGCAAGUCACAGAGAAGAGAGCAGUGAUCGCCGAAGUCGAAAGUGGAAUGGUUACCUUCGAGUGGACACCAGCUACGCAAAAGGCGAUUACUGCUGCCUCGGCCAAUGAUGAUAACCUCGUACUGGUCAUCGGUGGUCAAGUGCUAGCAUCUUUCGAUCUCCAGAGCAAUGCACAGCUCAUGGUCCAGAAAGAUCUCGGCGCAGACCACCAGAUCUCGGGCGUGACUGUCCCUUACAAGCCAACGGGGGUCUGCAUUGCCGGAUUCCCUCAGUCAGCAAAGGUGUCGGUUUUAGCGAUCAACGAUCUCAUUGAAUUGCAGAGCAAGUCAUUAGGCCCAACAGGAGAAGCAUUCCCUCGAUCUGUUCUCGUGGCGGAUGUGCUUGCGGACAGUCCUCCCACCCUCUUCAUCUCCAUGGCCGACGGAAGUGUCAUCACAUUUGCGUUAGAUCCGCACAGCUACUCGCUGACAGGCAUGAACAAGUUGAUACUCGGAUCCGAACAGCCCACAUUUAAGAAGCUGCCUCGAGGUGAUGGCUUGUUCAAUGUCUUUGCCACCUGCGAGAACCCUAGUCUGAUCUACGGCUCUGAGGGCCGCAUCGUAUACUCUGCAGUCAACUCCGAAGGUGCUUCUCGCAUUUGCCAUCUGAACGCAGAAGCAUAUCCCGAAUCGAUCGCCGUGGCCACUGCAAAAGACCUCAAGAUCGCACUGGUGGACAGAGAGCGCACAACUCAGAUUCAAACGCUACCAAUGGGAUCGACUGUACGUCGUGUCGCCUACUCUUCAGCAGAGAAAGCAUUUGGUCUUGGUACGAUAGAUCGAAAGCUAGAAGAUGGUGCCGAGGUCGUGAAGAGCCAUUUUGUCCUUGCCGACGAGAUCCUGUUCCGACGCCUGGAUGCGUUGGAGCUUAAUGAGAAUGAGUUAGUCGAGAGUGUUAUUCGUGCUGAAUUCUCGGUUGGCAAAGACGAGACUAAAGAUCGAUUCAUUGUCGGUACGGCGGUUAUGGAUGAUAAAGAAGAGAAUAUCCGCGGGCGGAUAUUGUUGUUGGAGGUGGACCAUGGACGCAAGCUGACCCAGGUUGCCGAGAUGCCGCUCAUGGGUGCGUGCCGAGCGUUGGCCAUGAUGGGCGACCGGAUCGUGGCAGCGCUAGUCAAGACUGUCGUGGUCUACAAGACAAUUGACAACAAUUCGGGAGCACUCAAGCUGGAGAAGCUCGCUACUUACCGGACAUCGACCGCGCCCAUAGAUGUCACUGUAGUCGACGACAUGAUCGUGGUUGCUGAUCUCAUGAAGAGUGUCUGUAUCGUGAAGUACGUCCCCGGCGAGGAUGGGGUCAAGGACGAGCUGAAGGAAAUUGGCCGCCACUAUCAAACAGUCUGGAGUACGGCAGUUGCCUGUGUCGACAACGACACUUUCCUUCUCAGUGAAGCGGAGGGCAACUUGAUUGUCCUGUCUCGCAACACCAAUGGUGUCACCGACCAAGACAAACACCGUCUAAUUCCUACCAGCGAGAUCGCACUGGGUGAAAUGGUCAACCGCAUUCGCCCGAUUCACAUCCCUCAGCUCGCCAGCGUCACGGUGACACCUCGUGCGUUCAUGGCAACGGUCGAGGGAUCGAUUUACCUCUUCGCGCUCAUCAAUUCAGAACACCAAGACUUCCUCAUGACUCUUCAAAACGCCAUCGCCAGCAAGGUGGAGUCAUUAGGUGACCUACCCUUCGAAAAGUUCCGUGCUUUCCGCACACUUGUACGUUCCGCAGAUGCACCGUAUCGCUUUGUCGACGGUGAGCUUAUCGAGCAAUUUUUGACCUGUGAUCCGAGCUUGCAAGAGGACAUCGUGGCGGAGGUGGGCUCGGGCGACGUGGAGGAGGUGAAGGGAAUGAUUGAGGCAUUGCGCCGGCUGCAUUGA